CAACGUGGGGCGCCGUCGCGAGAGGAGCCUAGCGUGUCGUCGCUGCUGCCGCGGGAUGGAGCCCCAGUGUGGGACGCGGGCCCGUAGGCAGGCCCCCCAGGACCUCAGGGCUUCUGCCUUUGUCCUGCUGCUGCUGCUGCUUCUGAGGCCCACUGGCUGCCCCGCGGGACAAACGCCAGGGACACCCUCUGAGCCUCCUUCCGCCAAUGCUGGCGUUCCCUGUGCCCCCACUGCCACCUGUCCCUCAGGCGGGCCUCGCCUUCCCCGCCAGGCCCCCACCAUCCUGUCGCAGCCCUCGACCCUCGAGACGAGCCCUGUUUCUAAAGACAGCAUCAACUUAUUUCCCACCUGCGGCUCCUCCUACGAGGAAGACCCCACCCUCAGGGACCCAGAGGCCAUGGCCCGGCGGUGGCCCUGGAUGGUCAGCGUGCGGGCCAACGGCACACAUGUCUGCGCAGGGACCCUCAUUGCCUCCCAGUGGGUGCUGACCGUGGCCCACUGCCUGAGCCAGAAUGAUUUUAUCUACUCGGUGCGGGCAGGGAGCCCGAGGAUGGACCAGACAUCUCAGACCACUGCCGAUGUCCCAGUGCUCCAGGUCAUUGUGAACAAUAGGUACCAGUCUCGUCGGCACUGGUCCUGGGUGGGCCGCACCAACGACAUUGCCCUCCUUAAGCUUGCGUGGGUGCUCAAGUACAAUAAGUACGUCUGGCCCGUCUGCCUGCCUGGCUUGGACUUCGAGGUGAAGGACCACUCCGUCUGCACUGUCACGGGCUGGGGACACCCCAGGGCUGACGGCAUAUGGCCCCAGUUCCGGACUAUUCAGGAGAAGGAAGUCACCAUCCUGAACAGCAAGGCGUGCAACCAGUUCUACCACAAGUUUUCCAAAGUCCCCUCUUUGGUUCAGAUCGUGGACUCCAACAUGGUCUGUGCCAAGGACUUCGACAGGGAACAGUUCUGCUAUGAGAUAAGUGGUGAGCCCCUGGUCUGUGCCGUGGACACCACCUGGUACCUGGUGGGACUGGUGAGCUGGGGCCCAGGCUGCAAGAAGAGCGAGGCCCCGCCCAUCUACCUGCAGGUCGCCUCCUACCAGCAGUGGAUCCAGGAACGCAUCAUCGGGCAGGCCGUGCCAGCCUCGUCCAGGGCCGUGCUCCUGGUGCUAGCGCUGCCCCUCAGCCUCCUCACUGCCCUAUGAUGCCCUCGUGCCUCCCCCAGGGUAGUGGGGGGGGGGGAUGCCGGCCUUCCCUUCUGAUCCCAGAACCCUGCAGGCGUAGCUCUCCUAGCCCCGCAAAGCAGGGCAGGAAUGAGGUGCUCAAUUAAACACUUCUCUUCACCAGG